ACUUAAACCGUUUGGUGAGCCUUGGAUAGGUAGCUAGCACGCAAGUCCCUCGUCGCCGGCCAGGGCUUGCGCCCAAAGCCGGCUGAAAAAUCCCAGACCCCGGCCAGAGCCACCCAAGAUAAGUGGACUUUAUUGGUGGGGCGACAAUGCUUGAAAUAAUGUCUGAACAUCAAGAUUCAAUACUGAAGUGCAAAGCGGAGCCACUGCCAUCGGAGAGAAGGAAGAGAACGGUUGAAGAUUUCAACAAGUUCUGCAGUUUUGUCCUUGCCUAUGCCGGGUAUAUCCCUUCUCCUAAAGAGGAGAGUUCGUGGUCUCCAGCCUCUUCCAGCUCUCCGCACAGUUCUGGAACUUCAGGGGAGAGCGCUGUCGGGGGCAGCUCCAACAUGUCGGCCAGCUGGGGCGACGGAACCUCCGACCUCCACACCAUCCACACCUUCGUAAGGAAAGCUCGCGCCAACAAGGGCAGCAAGAGCGUGCGUCGCCUGCCCUCAGACAGCACGCUGCUGGACAAGAUGCGGCUAAAGGACUCUCUGUACGACAGACAGGCCGCCGGCAAGGCGGAGCGCAAGAAGGAGAAGAAACUGAAGCGGCUCUCCUUGGGCGCGGGCGCGGGAGACAGCGGCAGCAGCGGAGGAGAGAAGCGAUCCAGAAUCAAGCGCAGCAAAAACCCCAAACAGCCCAAAGCUCUCAAGAAGCUUAAAACCUCUGCACCCAGCGAGACAGACUCUGAGACGGGCCUGGGGCAGGCGGAGGGGCAGGCGGGCCGGGGAGGGCUCGCCGAACGCGGCCUCUCCGGUCAGGCCGCCGCGGGGGUCAAACCAGAGAGGGAGGAGACUACCAGGGAGGCAGAGAUGAGCUCAAGCGAAGGGGAGACGUGGAUCGCAGAUGAAGAUAUUAUGGUGGAGUCUGGAGACGACUCUUGGGACUUGAUUACGUGCUACUGUGGGAAACCCUUCGCCGGGCGGCCGAUGAUUGAGUGUAAUCAGUGUGGUGUGUGGGUGCACCUGUCCUGCGCCAAAAUCAAGAAGUCCAACGUUCCCGACAUCUUCUACUGUCACAAGUGCAGGGACUCUCGACGGUCAGGGCACAAAAAAGACACCUAGGUGUCUGGAGCCCCCCCAUCCCACUUCAACGACCUAGAAUUUUCCAACCUGACCCUCUCUAUUCC